GUGUUUUGACAUUUGUUACAGCAGAAAAUUGUUGUUGUUUGACACAUAAGUUUUUGUAUUUUGUGCAAAUUGAAAAAUUUUGCGCUGCGUUUUUAAAGUGUUUUACACGCUACGAAAUAUAAAAAUCACGGAUUUGUUAGCUAAACAACACAGCAGUGCCUACAAUAAUGGCGGAUCCAAAGUUCGAGAACUUGCCGGGAAUUGCUUAUGACCAACCCGAUGUGUACGAAACCCCCGACAAUGGCGAGCCUGACACAUCAGAUUACUAUGAAGAAGAGCCGGACAAUGACUCUAUCGAGCGUAUGCACAUCUCAACGCGCGAUGCAUACAAUCGCUUCCGUGGCGCUUCGCUUGAUGGUAGCGUAGACUUUUCCGAUCGCAUUGGUCGGCGUCUGUGCAAAGGCUACGAUGCGCGCUCUGGUGAAUAUGAGCUAGUUGGUUUGGGCGAAAAGGAGACCCCGGUGCAGAAAUGUCGACGUUUACAAUGCGAAAUGAACGAGUUGAUGGAUGAGGUGGCAGCGUUGCAAGUAGAUCGCAAAAUCGCCGACGAAGAAAAACAAUCGUACGAUGCCGUAGCCACUGUUAUUGCAACGGCGAAGAAAGUAUUGGACUCUUUACGUUUGGAGCAAGUUUUGGGCAAAGAGCAAGCACCGUCGUCAGCUGACAAGGAAGUUAAGCAAUUGAUUGGUCAAGUGGAGGAAUUCAAAAAAUCGGGACUGCUAACAGCCAUACCAACACCUGGCACUGACUUGGCUGCUUCAGCACGCAUCGCUAAGCUGGAGCAUCGUUUGCAUCAACUAGAGCAAGCUAUUGGUGCACAACCAGAGAAACUCAGCCGUCUUACCGCCGUUACGAACACCGCAAAUGUAUUAGAGGCAGUACAUCAACUCAGCACAAAGGCAGCACUGUUACAACCCGAUAAAUUGGAUCACAUCGAAACGCGUCUCACUACACUCACAGGUAAAAUGGAUGCAAUUGCCGAAAAAUCGAGUGGUUCCGCGGAUGAUGCGAAACGUGAUCAAAAGGUUACGGAACUCUAUGAGCUUGCGAAACGUACGGAACCGGUGGCUGAAAUAUUGCCUGACAUAAUUGAACGUAUGCAAGCGCUGGAAUCUCUACACAAAUAUGCAAUGAAUUUUGCUAAAAUCAUUGCCGAAAUUGAGGAGAAACAAACUACUAUUGCAACUAGCUUGGUAAGCAACAAAGAACUGCUGCAUUCGGUGCAAGAAACAUUUGCACAAAAUCUGGAAACCAUGAACAAGGAGGUCGCCAAAGUGGAGGAGCGCGUGCAGGCGAUUGCGGGCAAAAAAUAAAAAAUAUAUAAGAGUUGCACACUCAUUGUACUCACAGAAGCAGCUGCUUAUGUCUAAAUUAAAUAAAUAAUUUAAUUCGUUUACUCAUUCUCAAGAACGCAAGUAUUGUAAUCGUCUUUUUAAGUUAAACAUUAACUGUGAACACUUUGGUUGAUAUUAAAUCAGCAAAAAACAUUUU